AUGUCUUCUCACAAGACUUUCAAAAUCAAGCGUUUCUUGGCCAAGAAGCAAAAGCAAAAUCGUCCCAUUCCACAGUGGAUUCAAAUGAAAACUGGUAACAAAAUCAGAUACAACUCCAAGAGGAGACACUGGAGACGAACCAAGCUUGGUCUGUAA